GGGAGGGGGCCCGGCGGACGGUCCCGCUGCGGCCGCGGCUCCCGAGCCUGCCCGUCGGGACUCCGGUGACGAGGGGCGGAGGAGGCAGCGGCCGGAGCCGGAGCGGGGGGCGCUCGCCGCUGCCCCGGGGCCGGGACAUGUCGUCGGCGGCGGUGGCGGCUGCUUCCCGCAGGCAGUCGUGCUACCUGUGCGAUCUGCCCCGCAUGCCCUGGGCCAUGAUCUGGGACUUCACCGAGCCCGUCUGCCGGGGCUGCGUCAACUACGAGGGCGCCGACCGCGUGGAGUUCGUCAUCGACACGGCGCGGCAGCUGAAGCGGGCGCACGGCUGCUUCCCCGAGGGCCGGGCCCCGCCACCGCCCCACGCCAAGCAGCCUCCGCUCUCCGCCAAGGAGCUCCUGGCGCAGCAGCAGCAGCUCGGCCAUCCCUCGGCGGCGGAGGCGGCGGCGCGGCCCCCGCCGCAGCCCCUGGAGCGCUACUCGCUGGCGGCCGAGCGGCCGCCGCCCCGCCUGGGCGCCGAGUACGGCGGCGGGCGGCAGGUCAACGGGAUCCUGGUGCCCAACGGCUUCCCCAAGCCCGAGGAGCCGCCGGAGCUCAACCGGCAGAGCCCGAACCCGCGGCGGACGCACGCCGUGCCGCCCACCCUAGUGCCGCUGGUGAACGGCGCCGGGCUCCCCGCCGCCAUCGGCGGUCUGAGCAGCCGCGCCGCCGCCGCGGCCGCCGCCUCGCUGGCCGCCAUCUCCGCCGCGCCCGCCCCGAUGGCCGUGCCCGUGCCCCAGCAGCCAGCGGCGGCGGCGCAGGCGGCGGGGCAGGCGGCGGGGCAGCCCGGCGAGCUGGGGCACAAGCGCCCCGGCUCCGUCUCCUCCUCGUCCUCCUCGGGUGGCGGCGGCGGCGGCGCGGCGGGGGAGCACGACAGUGGCGCCAAGGAGAAGCGGGGCUCUGCCGAGAGCCUGCCGGCGGCGGCGGCGGCAGAGCUGGCCGCGGAGGGCAAGGGCCGGCCGGGCGCCGAGCAGGAGUGGUUGGCCAAGCCCAAGACAGUGCGGGACACGCUGCUGGCCCUGCACCAGCACGGGGGCCACGGCGUGGCCCCCUUCGACAGCAAAUUCAAGAAGGAGCCGGGCAUGGCGGGCGGCAGACUGCUGGGCUACGAGACGAACGGCUCCGUGGCCAAGCCAGGGGCCCGGGCCGCCCGGAAGAGGAAGCCUUCCCCCGAGCCGGAGGGCGAGGCUGGACCCCCGAAGAUCAACGGGGAGGUGCAGCCCUGGCUGCCCACCUCGUCGGAAGGGAUGAAGCUGCCGCUGACGGCCACCCCCUUCAUGUCGCCCCCGCCGCCCACCGCCUCGCCCCACUCCAACCGGACCACGCCGCCCGAGGCGGCACAGAACGGCCAGUCCCCCAUGGCCGCCCUCAUUCUGGUGGCGGACAAUGCCGGGGGCAACCACGCCUCCAAAGACGCCAACCAGGUCCACUCCACCACGCGGAGGAACAGCAGCAGCCCCCCUUCGCCGUCCGCCAUGAACCAAAGAAGGCUGGGCCCCGGCAGGGAGGUGCCGGGCCAGGGGGCCAACGCGGCGGCGGCGGGCGGGCUGGAGCCCGUCCACCCCGCCAGCCUGCCGGACUCGUCCCUCGCCGCCAGCGUCCCGUUGUGUUGUACCCUCUGCCACGAGCGCCUGGAAGACACCCACUUCGUGCAGUGCCCCUCCGUCCCCUCCCACAAGUUCUGCUUCCCCUGCUCCCGGCAGAGCAUCAAGCAGCAGGGAGCCAGCGGGGAGGUGUAUUGCCCCAGCGGGGAGAAGUGUCCCCUGGUCGGCUCCAACGUCCCCUGGGCCUUCAUGCAAGGGGAGAUCGCCACCAUCCUGGCCGGAGAUGUGAAAGUGAAAAAGGAGAGGGACUCGUGACUCGCCUGCGCCCGCCGCCCGAUGUCACCUUGAACUCGAACUGCUCGAAUUCUGUAUAUAUCUAUAAAUAUAUAUAUAAAUAUAUAUAUAUAUCUCCAAGACAAGGGAAAUGUAGACUUCAUAAACAUGGCUGUAUAAUUUUG